ACCAUAUCAGCACCGUCCUCAACAUUGAAGAAACUCUCAUAGCUACAGUCUCAGUUGAACGAAUCAAGUGAUACAAUACGCUCGAAUUUCCUCAAUGCUCUAUUACAUACCAGCCACAAUCCGUUAAUAAUCUGUCCGCACAGCUAUUGCAGAGCUCCCUGAGUCGCAAUGGCUCCAUUCUUCUUCUCGACACCCGUCGAUAUCGACAUCGUUCUCGAGGAUAGCGAUGAACGACAAACUGUUGAUGUGAAACUGGACAAAGGCCGUCGCGAGAAAGCCCCGCUUUACAUGGAUGGAGAGUCUGUCAAGGGUGCGGUUACAGUUCGACCAAAGGAUGGGAAGCGGUUAGAGCAUACGGGCAUCAAAGUGCAGUUUAUUGGAUCAAUUGAAAUGUUCUUCGACCGCGGCAACCAUUACGAAUUCCUAUCUCUCGUACAAGAACUCGCCGCGCCAGGCGAACUACAACACCCCCAAACAUUCCCCUUCAACUUCAAGAAUGUCGAAAAGCAAUACGAGUCAUACAACGGAAUCAACGUCAAGCUCCGAUACUUUGUGCGGGUCACAGUUUCCAGGCGCAUGGCCGAUGUCAUACGAGAGAAGGAUCUAUGGGUUUACUCAUAUCGCAUGCCUCCCGAGACCAACAGCCCUAUCAAGAUGGAUGUCGGAAUUGAGGACUGUUUGCACAUUGAGUUUGAGUAUUCAAAAUCACAAUACCAUCUCAAGGAUGUCAUUGUUGGGCGGAUAUAUUUUCUGUUGGUUCGUUUGAAGAUCAAACAUAUGGAGUUAUCGAUCAUUCGACGGGAAACGACAGGAGCAGCUCCUAAUCAAUACAACGAGAGUGAAACGUUGGUGAGAUUUGAGAUUAUGGAUGGAUCUCCUUCACGAGGCGAGACGAUUCCUAUCAGGUUAUUCCUUGGUGGGUUCGACCUGUCACCUACUUUCCGCGACGUCAACAAGAAAUACUCAACCCGAUAUUAUCUCAGCCUGGUCUUGAUUGAUGAAGAUGCCCGCCGAUACUUCAAACAAUCAGAAAUCGUCCUUUACCGCCAAGCACCCGAAAUCGCCCCUACGCCUGAAGUCGCGCAGCAGCAAUUGAUACAGCAACAACAGAUCCAGAAACAGCAACAAGUCCUUGUUGGACCAAGCAAGAAUCCUCAAUAUCAUCAGCCUCCGGUUCAGAGUCAAGCCGAAGCUUCGUCGUCUUCGAAUCCUGCUUCGGCACCCGAAGCGCAGGCUCAAGCUUAAGGUUAAGGUUAAGCUUGAUUUGGAUUGUCGGUAAUACGUACAUAGGGAGAUACAUACGGGAAUAAUUAUCUCUAAAAGGUAUCAGCAACCUAUAUCAGAUAGCUCAAAAGUUUAUUCACAUACCCCUGAUUCCAGGACUUAUCUAUCAAGACAAGGGUGGUUAUACAACAAAAUACUCGAAGACAAAAUCAAAACGAGAAAGUUCCGCCAUCUAGACCUCAUCAAACUUCAUCUCCAUCGUCAUUCUCACACACAGCAUCCAAAAUUCUAGUCAAAUGAUGCAAUACCACGACAUCAUCAUUCCCACACCGUUUCUGUUUCCCAGCGAUCCGGACACAUUUCACGAUCAGAGGGUAUACCCAUCCAAGAUGUUUACUAUAUACCAACCGGGACUCAUGACCAUUCGCUUUUGCUGACACGAAGCUAGAUUUGGGGUUACUACCACUGGCGGAGAAUGGUGAUUGAGACGACGAAGCGAUGCCACACGGUGCAUCAGGUAUGGCUGCAGGCUCGCUUUGUAGAGUGAAUAGACGGUCGAGUAUACGCACCAACUCGCGAUGUGCCGGUGCUGGUUGUGGCUGUAAUCCGCGCAAGGGUUGAUCGGCGAUGUAGGAUUUUAGGGGGAGAAAAGAUCGAAGUAUCAGAUAAGGUAGGAUUGAGCGUGCAAUAGCGAUACGAGAUGUGGUGUUUGAAGCUACCAUCUGGUCGUUGUCAUUUGCCGGGAACGAAAGUGACGAUGCCUGGGCGAGCGUGAACAUCGUGUCGAUGAGUACAUAUGCCAUGCGUGAUCUUGCCGUGGGUGAUGGAUCGUAUGUUCUGCCACGACGAAUUUUGUACAGGUCAUGAAGUGGGUUUUCGAGUAGAGUUUCCAUGGGUCUGUCCAUUGGUUGAGGGAGAUAGAUAAGCGAAGAUCGAAAUAAAGAGCACGCAAAGUCUCUUCGAAUACUGUCAGGGAUAUUGCUUGCUCCCAAGGACGGGAUGAGGAGCGGUACAAGUGACUCAAAAGCCUCAAUGUCGAAUUCUUCAUCGGCUGCGAUCCGAGAAGCCGGUAUGCCAAAGUCAUUGUAGUUGUCUGCAGAAAUUAUCCCUCGAGUGAUAUCAAUGACAGUAGACCAAAAUGAAACGAUGCUGGAGUUUUCAGCCACACUAUACUUGCUCUCCACAUACGGCACGGCAACACGAACGAUUUUCACAGCGGCUGUCGUUGCUUUUUGCCAGAUCAGUUGCUCACGGUCUUUGCCACGCCAUUCGUACUUGCAACUAAUAGGAUGGGCCAGAUGUUGAAGUGCCGCCGUCAAUGCUCCGUCGGAAAAGAUGUCCGCCUUGAUGCCAUGUUCGGAAAUGUACCAGCUAAGAAGAUUAGUCGAGUUCUUGGAGAAUGCUACAUAUGAGGGUCGGCUCUUGUCUCUAUCCGUUGACCACUGAGUCAGCGCAGCAUCACUGAAAUCUGCUAAACACAUCACAAUGUCAGAUUGUGAUUCGUCUUUAUCCAAGCAAAGAGUUUUCAUGCAAUCGAGGACUAAUUCCUGCAAAGUUGACUGGUGAUCAAUAUCAACCGAAUAUCUCGAAACC